GGAGUUCUCGCAAAUGCAUGGCGAAUACAAAAUUGAAUCCAAACAAAAACUUGGCGGCGACCGAUUCCGACGAUAGACCUCACUAGCGGAGCCAAGAUCCCGUCAACUCCUUCACGACAAUCACGCCUUGACGUAGUAUAUCUUGAAGUCGGCAGCAUCCUCUUGCCGAACUCGUCUUUGUUUGUGUAUUCCCCAGCCAUCAGCUGAUGGAGUUGACAAACAACAGAUGCCACGCAGUGGAUCUGUUUGCUGUAACGCUGGCAUGAGUCGCAUGAUACUGCUUUUACUAGUCGCGGAGCAACAGAGCUCGCAACAAGAUGCAAGUCUUUCCAUGCGAGCUCUGGAUUGCACUGCCACUGCUGUCAAUGUGGUCAAGUUUGCAAGGCUGCAUUUGGCACGCGUACUAUUCCGUGGGCUGGAAGGGUGGGUGGCACUGGGUGCUACUAAAGGCAGCCUCUUUAGGGAAUCCAGCGUGACAGUUCCAAGUUACAAGGCAGCGGAUGCGCUCAGACUAAGUGCCCAGGUGUGCAGCGCAGCUUUAGUUGCACAGAUCUGUUCCGGUAGUCGCCUGUCUUUGCCCAAAAACGAAAAAGGUGGGUGGAUCCGCGAACGAAAUAAGCACGGCAAUGCGCGGGAUCGGAAGGUUUCAACUUUCCAGAACACUGAUACUUUGACUGUUGGUCUGCUGUUCGUGUCAGUAGAUCAUGUGAAGCUGAUCUUGAAGCCACGAGAAGAACAUCAUGCUUGUCAUGCGUACGAAGACAUGUCUCAUCUGUCCACGGUUCCUGGCGAGAUACCCCUGUCUUGGUCGCCAGAUGCAUCUCAUCCACUUGACAGGAAGAUGUAGAAAAUUUGAAGUUGGCUACAAUCGUACAGCUCAGAGUGGCUGUGUUACCUAUGUGAGCAACUUCAGAGCAAGUGUCAAGCAUCCUUUUUCCAUGCCUCAUCUGAGGUGUAACAGCAUAAUUUCAUGACUACCUCUG